UUCAACGCCGGGAUAGGGUCAGCGCCGAGAGUGGACCCGCCAGCCAGCUCGUCGUCGUCCAUUGGGAGAGUCUGGGUGGGAGCUGCGUCUCGUGCUCGUCGCCACAUGCAUACAUUCGCUUGUUGAGAUGAGUACAUGGUUGGGCGAUUGAUUAGUCUGAAUACCCCGCAGCGGGGACAUCGUGCAUCCACCUCAAUGUGCAGUUCUUACAAGCUCAAGGACCGGAAAACACGUCCAAUUUCCUCAAUACAUGAGUGCAGUUGCUGGAGCCGUUCCAACUCUGUUUGAGAAGGCGUACUGCGUACCCCCCUCACGAUGGUCACCGCGACCGCUGCAGCAACAACAAUGACAACAACACCAUCGCCAUCAUCCCCUAAUCGCCUCGUGGCGGACGCAGGCACCUCCUCAGCGAGCUUUGCUAUUCACAGCACCAGAGGUGUCCAUGACACGGUAAUCACGGAGGCCAGCUUGCCCAACACAGCGACGAACGGUAGGAGCAAUACAGAGAGCGAAACUGAAGAUGGCAAUGACGCCUUGCCUACGCCGGAGCAGAUCGCCGCGGGGGAUGAGGUCAAGGUGAACGAUGAGCACGGUAAGAGCUUUCGCUUCGGUGAUCUGCGCAAAGGCAGGAAGACGAUCUUGCUUUUCGUUCGGCAUCAGCACUGCGGAAUCUGCCUCUCGUACCUCACCAGCCUCAACUCUCACCCAGCGUUCAAGAAGCUUGCCAAGGCGACGGCAUAUGCCGACGGUCCGAGGGCGGAGACUGCGCCAGACACACAGGUGAUCAUCAUCAGUCAAGGCGCUUGGAGCGGCUUGAAGCGCUAUCGCGACUUCUCAGGCCCGAUCGAAGAUGCGACAGGGAAGCAAAACACGAACCCGUUCCCCAUAUAUGCGUCGACGGACGCAAACCUGUUCACCGCGUACGGAGUGACGAGGCACACACUCGCAAAGGGCACAAAGCAGGACGCUGCACCUGAAGUCAGAGGGAUCAACAUGUUCAGCAUCGUUCUCAAAAGCCUCAAGGAGACGCUCGGAUCGGGAAGGGGUAUCCUAAAUGGAGGGAGUUACAGCAGGCUUGGUGCCGACUUUAUCAUCGACAAGGAUGACAAGCCCAUCUUCGCCCACCGUAUGCGCUCCACUCGCGACCACACAGCCAGUGAACGCCUCGCUGAGCUUGCAGGCCUCGAGGCGUGAUGAUCCUCCACCUGUCAUGCCCGGUACAAUCGCACGAACGACAUACCCGCCGCAUACUCCGAUUAUAAAGUUACCCCCGAGUUACCUACGAUGCGUGCACUUAUUCAAAACCCCCACCCCCUGCUAUCGAUCUUGCGUUCGAUUCUGAUAAGAAUCACGGGAAAAGGUCAUACAUGACAAUGUUGGCACUUGAUCGUAUUAUCUCAUCUGCGAUGUGGGCAUUUUCGUAAAAUUCGUUCUCGUUCUGUCGUGUACUUGCAAAAGUAUUCCUCCCUCUGACCUCUCAUUCCCCGGUCGCGUGCCGCGCAUUGUAGUUCUGCACG